AUGUUUGUCGGAUCAAACCAUCAGCUGCAAAAUGUUAUCUUCGGGAAAGCGCUCAUACAUGAUGAGUCAGCAGAUUCUUUUGGUUGGCUCUUCACAACAUUCACGAACUGCAUGCAUGGAUAUCAACCCCAUGUGUUGCUGACAGAUGAGGAUCCUGCAAUGAAAUUAGCAGUACCGGAGGUUUUCGACAAGACACAACAUAGGUAUUGCAAUUUUCAUGUGCUAAGGACUUCGCAAAAUGACCUCGACACGCUAUACAUUGCGCACAAAGGUCUAAGAGAGAAGGUCGAAGGUCUAUUCAACUUCCCGCUGUCGCCAACAGAAUUUGAACAAGCAUGGACAGAAACAAUGCAGGAGUAUGCCAUAACUGAACACCCAGCAAUCAAAUCAUUGUGGGAGAAGAGGAAGAUGUGGAUUGAAACAUACUUCAAGGGCCUCUACUGCGGAAGAAUGACGUCCACACAAAGAAGCGAAAGCACCAACAGAGUACUAAAGGAUGAAUUUGUGAACAAAACAACAUCGUUGCACAUGUUUACCAAGAAGAUGCUUGAAGCCAUUCAACAUGUCGACCACAUGGAAGCAUGGGAGACCCACUACUCAUAG